GGCGUUGGGAAACGCUUCCUAUAUUUGUUCCAUCAUGUGCAAUCGAAUCGUAGUUUUGUUUUUAUUUCUUUUUGAAUUAAUACGCUGCAAUGAAACUGAUAAAACAUGCGUUGUACGGUUUCGUGGCUCCAACAACAUAGGAAUUGGAAUACCAAGUGAAAUUUUCAACCUUGUACCCUACUGUCAAUAUUUGGGAGUUCGAUAUGCGGAACCUCCUUUGAGAUUUAAGAACCCAGUGAUUCAUAACCCCAAAGGAGUUGAAAAUUACACAUCGUUGGGUAAUAUCUGUGCCCAAGAAGAUAAUUUUCUUAGUCCUCAAGGAGCUAUCGGUCAAGAGGAUUGUUUAUUUUUGAAUAUCUACUCCCCAUGGCGCGACAAAAAUGGAUCGAACUCAGCUCAUCGCAAAUUUCCUGUACUGGUUUUCAUUCAUGGUGGAUCGUUUUCGAUUGGUUCAUCAACAUUUGAUAUUCAUGGAGCAGAUUUGCUAGUUGAAAGUGGCGUUUUAGUUGUCAGCAUAAACUACCGACUUUCGAUGUUGGGCUUUCUGCGAUAUCCCCGGUUUAACGUUUCAGGGAACUUUGGCUUGAAAGAUCAACGAACAGCUUUGCAGUGGGUUCAGAAACACAUCAAAUACUUUGGAGGUGAUUCAAAGCGCGUUACACUAAUGGGCCAAAGUGCUGGAGCUGCGUCUAUCUGUUACCAUCUGUAUUCGGAGCAAAGUCGAGGACUUUUCCAACAACUUUUCCCCUUGGGAGGUUCAUUUCUUUCUCCAUGGGCUUUAAUUUAUAAUCCACAGAAGUCAGCAGAUGAUUUGAUCGAGGAUCUCGACAUUUCUAGCAUAAAAGAACUGCAGGAAGUUGAUUUCGAACAGUUCUUUCUGGGAAAUACCCGUGGAAGUUACAAAUUUCUAUCGAUGUACAACCCAUCUUUCAUUCCAACCAUUGAAAGCAUUAGUGAAGACGAACCUUUCAUCACGAAAUCACCUUUGGAAACCAUUGAAUCACACCUUCCAUAUCAGAUUCCCAUUCUUAUUGGACAUACCCAAACAGAAUUGGAGCUAGUGUUUCGGUUGACGAAGUUUUUGUUUGUCGGUGAUAAUUUUCCCAAUACAAAUGAUUCAGUCACCGCUAACGUAAUGCGACUAGUAAAACAACGUCAAAAAUCUACUAGUGAUUCCGAUUUCCUGGGAAAAUUUGUCAAUAUGGCUGAUAUGCACUAUCCGAUCAAACGACUGAUACGGAUCUGGUCCGAUCAACUAUCCCAAUCACCCUUGUACUAUUUUAAAUUUAGUUUCGAUGGGAAAUUCGGUUCUUAUAAAAAUGAAUUCUACAAAUUCAGAACGAAUGGAAGUCGUUACGGGGCCGUUCAUGGUGAUGAUUUAGGGUACAUAUUUACACCUUAUAAUGUUGAAGAGGCCCUUGCCAAUCGAAGCCAGUUCAUUCGAGAGUGGAAGGUUCACGAACAAAUGGUUGAGCUGGUGGCAAAUUUUGUCAAAUACGGAAAUCCAACACUGACACAGCUUAAAACGUCCAACUUGACGUGGAUUCCUUACAAUGACAACACAACACAAGAAAGAUAUUUGAACAUUGGCGAAACGCUGGAACUGGGUACAGAUAAUGAUUCAAUAGAUGAGCUGUUCCAAUUUUGGCAUGAUAUAUAUCAAUGUCUAUACUUGUUUGACUGUAAGGCAGUUGAUAAUCGAUUGGAAGAUGGUGGAUUUAGCAUAGAGGAAUUAACGGAAGAUGCCAAUGAAGAACAUGAAAUUGAAUGAAGACUUAUUUCAGAAAAAUUUAAACUAAGCUCAAUGCAGUCUAUUGAGCAUCUUUAAGCCAAAUAAUUUAAGUUACAAUUACUAUGUCUAUUAAUUUGAAGUCAUUUAGUCACUUAACCCUUCAAAACCCAUUUUUUUGUCACUGAAAAAUUAACAGAAGGCAAAUUUUAUAGAUAAGGAAAAAUUUUUGAGACAGUUUUUCAAAAAUUGCAUAACCACAGGGACACAAGAACUUGAUUUUCAGUACUUUUUCGGUUGUAGUGUUUGUAGUGAGUGAGGCAUGGAAGCGUAAAAAUGAUUUAUUGAAGAGUAUUUAAAAGGUUAGAUUCGUCAAUGUUAUGAUUUUGUUUUGUAUAAUCUGAUAUGGCUUCCAAAGUUCCAAAAGCUCACCAACACGAAAACUAGUAGAUUUAAAUAAAAUUUAUCUCUGUGCAUGAGGACUUUUUAAUGAUUGUUUGAUGAUUGGUAUUGUGAUGAAUACAUGAAAACUGAUCGUUGAUGUCUGUCUCGGAAUGGUUAUUCUAUAUUACAAUCUUAGAGAAGAUGGUCGCGUGUUGUGAGUGGUUAGUCGUCGCGUUUACCACAGUUUUUACACACUUCAACCACUUUUCCUAAAUUUUGAAACAUAGCAAUAAUUUAUAUAAUUUUUAUUAAAAUUUUUCUACAUAUCACUUAGAUAUUCCAAUUAAUAUGAGAAGUUAGGUAAUGUUGUACAAUUUUUCUCGAAUUGCUUUUGUUGUUUCCCACCCCCGCCUUUUGACGGGGCUUAUGUUUCAUCGCUUCAACCUAACUUAGGAUAAUUUUUUUUCUCAACAACUGCUUGUCAAACAGUUUUCAUCCGUAGGGGUUGUGAGGUUUUCAUAUUAAGUAAAAAGUAAAGUAAGUAAAAAUAAUGAUUGACUUUAGUUUUAAGCUGAUUUUAGCGUCAAUAGGAAUACAAAAAUAACAACCUGAUAAGCACGACACUGAAAUAAAUAGCUUCCCUACAAACAUAAAAUUGCAUUGGAAAUGAUAACUCAAGUCGUUCACAAUGUUACUAUGAAUCACAAUUCGAACCAAAUAAUAAAACGAUUGUAAAACUGGUUACUGGAAGUCGGUUUAGAUCGGAUAUGAUGAAAAGUUCGCCAUGUUAACAUAUUCUGAAGAAAAUUUCGUUCAAUUUCUUCACCCGGCCAGGCUUCAAGUCAGAAAACAACUUUUAUCUCUCUUUGCAUCCAGAGCGGUGCAACCAGAGAUGCCACACGUUCCGAUUUUCUGGUUUUUAUACCGAUUUUAGACAAAAUUUUUAAUCAAGAAUCUGUUUACACUGAAUACCGAUAUUUGACAAAACGUACCGAUUUAAUUCCAAUUUUUGAAAAAUUCUUUCAGAGAGGAAAAUUAUUUCCAAAAUAUGAUUAUAAAUAUCCGAACCAUUAUUAACCAGCAAGUCUCAGCGUCUUUGUCUUUUAUGUCAACUGCCUUGAGAUCAAAUCGUGAUCAGCAAAUAAUAUGGUGAAUUAGAGAUUAUAGUAGAUAAGACGUUAAAAGCAGUGUUCCGAAAAUCAAUCAAAAUAAACACUCAGAAUACGUUUAAUUUGAAACAUUUUGACUUUAUAAUAAGAAAGCACCUCUCGCAACUUCUUCGCCCGACUGAUAGCAAUCUCGA